AGCGUGGCCUCCACCUGCCGCCCGCCCGCCUUUUUGUAGCCGGGAAGUUCUCCUACUGGGUAGACCGCGGCCGCAAGGUCAUUCUGGUACAGGCGCCCGAGGCUCCCGCGGACUCCGACUACUACGUGCGGCUCUGCCUCAAGUGGUUCACCUGUGAGGACGUGGGCGCCCCAGUGCGGGUGACGGUGAACAGGGUCUCCCGCGCCGUCUCUCUGCCCUACAGCCGAGAGCUGCCGUGCCUGUGCCUUGAGGGCUGGUCUGCGACCCCUGACGCGGUGCGGAUGCAGGCCUGUCCCUUCGAAAAUGACACAGAGGCACUGUGGGACGCCAUCCGCUACCACCCCGGAAGCCAGGCACUGAGCUGGGAGCCCGCCUGUCCCGUGAGCGGCCACGUGAGCCUGUGCUGGCGCCCGGAGCCAGGGGCCCUCUGCCACGAGCUGGAGCACUCCGGCCGGUCGGCACGGGGCAGGGUGCAGUACCCGCUGGUGGACACACAGCCCCAGCUCUGCCUGAAGUUCUCCACCAGCCGGGGCUUCUGGGUGAGGUGCCCUUUCGAACGACUAGGCUUCCCAGCCUGGAAGAUGACUGCCCGGCCAGCCGCGUCUCAGGGCCACCUCCGGGUCACCUUCUUCUGGCGCAGCGCUGCCAGCUUCAAGGUGCACCUGUGUCACCAGAGGAAGAUGUGGCCCCCUGCCUGCCACCCAGAGAUCCAGGCCACGCCUCUCCCUCCAGCCUCAGGUGGUUUCAUGGCUGACUCCGCAGUUGCCUUCGUGGACAUCCCCAGGGACGAGGCUUGUGUCCCCAGCACCUGCAUCCAGGGCUGGAGGACCGAUGUGCACUUCUCCACCCCCCAGCAGCUGUGUGAUCUUCAAUGCACCCCCAGAGGAGCUUUUCAGUCAAGUCUGGGCCCCCGUUCCUCAGCCAAGAUCCCCUCCAGCAGAUCACAGGCCAAAGGGGCGACGGUCACCCCUGAGGGCCCGUAUCUGGGGCGGGGCUCCACUGCCUGCCAGCCAGGUGACCUGGGAGCUGACCCCAGCCACUGCCAGAACCUCCAUGCCACACCGGCUGCCACCCAGGGGACAGCGGACUGAGGCCAGGAGCCUCACGGAGCACAAGCAGGUGCCCUGGCUGAAUGCUGGGGUGCAGAGGGCUCACAUCUGGGGCUCCGAGCCUCUGGCAGCAAAAGCCAGGCCUCAGAACUUAGAGGUGGCUCGCCUGCACACGGGCUGUGGGGCCGGCCACCUUGCGUCUCCCCAGCCGCGCACAGCUCCCUGGGGGCCCUCAAGCUGGGCGGGGAGCUUUGGGUCAGAUGAAGGGCCCUCAGCCCCUCCCUGAACCCCCUGCUGAAGGCCACGGAAUGGCUGGGUGGGCUGCCCUCUCUCCUGGAUGGCCUGGCCUCUGACCUGUCCCGUCUCAGCUUGGUGCAGGCUCCCUCCGGACCACCUGAGGUCACGGCCACCAUCCCUGGCCCCUGCCUGAGCGCUGGAGAGCAGAGUGCGACCCCACACUUGCUACGGCUGACCAGGCUCCGUUGGCUCAGGACCACCCCCAGGCCCUGCCCAGAGCGCUCCCAUACUGACUGUCCACAUGCUAGCAGGGCGGCCCCCCACUGCCCAGGCGGGGCCUCCGCCCGGCCCCCUGCACCGACCCUCCCAGAACUCGGGUCACCUUGCGCAGCCCAGCCAGUCGGGCCAAGGCUGGCCACUUCCUCUGGCCUCAGGGGCCACCCGCCGGGAUGUGCCCUUCUCAGAAGUGUCAUUAAGGGCCACCGUGUGCCAUCUGUGCUCAAGGACCACAGAGGGACCCUUGGCCCUGCAGCGUGAUUUCCACACCCAGGCCAGGGGUCGCCCAGCGGCCGGCCCGGCAGAUGUGCCCCCACAGAACUGUCCUGCUUGCUAACAAGCACUGCCAGGCUGUCCCUCCUGCGUCUGGAGUCCCGCUCGUGUCCACCUGACCACAGUGGCCCCCCACCAGGCACCCCGGGCCUGGCCCCCUUGCCGCCUUGCGGGCGGGUGGGGGGGGGGCUACAGCAGACCAGGAGUGGGCAAAACCAGUAAACACCUGUGCGCGGAGCUCGCCUCUUCGCUUGAGGACAGACACGGGGUCUGCAGGGCGAGGGAAGCCCUGCGGCAGGUGG